CAUACACAAACAAUCACACCAAUAGUUCACUUAAAGAAUAUGAUUCUUUUUUUAACCAUACCAAUUUCUAUUAUUUUCAUUGUUAUUGUUCACUAUGUCUUCCAGCGGUUCCGGUACAAGCUACCCCCCGGUCCAAGGCCGUGGCCAGUCAUCGGUAACAUUUACGACAUAAAACCGGUCCGGUGUAGGUGCUUCCACGAAUGGGCGCAAACCUACGGCCCUAUAAUCUCUUUCAAGCUCGCGUCGGAACUAAACAUUGUGGUAUCAAAUGGUGAACUAGCAAAGCAAGUUUUGAAGGAGCAUGAUCAUGAUUUGGCUAAUAGGCAUAGGUCAGUUGCAGGGAGAAUUACUAGAAAUGAUGUGGGAUUUAUUUGGGCUGAUUAUGGGUCUUAUUAUGUUAAAGUUCGGAAGGCAAGUAGUUUGGCGUUUUUUAACCCAAAGAUUCUUGGAGCCCAAAGGCCCAUUAGAGAGGAUGAAGUCAACGCCAUGAUCGAGUCAAUCUUUAACGAUUGCAUUAAUCCUGAAUAAAGGUAUUUGCUCGCACUUAUCCAUAGAAGGUCAAUUGAAGGGUUCAAUUGCAACUAACUAGCAUUAGUGGAGGUCUUAAUCUGUGC